AUGCGUUCUUCCACUCUUCUCGCUCUCCUUCCCCUGGCCAUGGCCGCUCCCUCCGGCAUCAAGGCCAAGCGUGAUUCUCCCGCUCCUCUCAUCAUCCCCCGCGGUACCAGCCUGAUCGAUGGCAAGUACAUCGUCAAGUUCAAGAAGGACGUUGUCACUGCUUCCAUCAACAGUGCUAUCUCCUCUAUCAAGGCUGAUGCCGACUACACCUAUGCCGACCGCUUCAACGGUUUCGCCGCCAGCCUCACGGAGGAGGAGCUGACCACCCUUCGUGACGACCCCACCGUUGAGUACGUCGAGCAGGAUGCGAUCAUCACCAUCUCGGCCACCCAGUCCAACGCCCCCUGGGGUCUCGCCCGUAUCUCUUCUCAGUCUCCCGGUGGCACUACCUACACCUACGAUGACACUGCCGGUACGGGUACUUGCGCCUACAUUGUUGACACUGGUAUCGACACUACCCACUCUGACUUUGGUGGCCGAGCCUCUUGGGGAGCCAACUUUGUCGACAGCAGCAACACUGACGGACACGGUCACGGCAGCCACGUCGCUGGUACCGUUGGCGGUACUACCUACGGUGUCGCAAAGAAGACCAAGCUCUUCGCCGUCAAGGUUCUUGACAGCAACGGUUCCGGAACCAACUCCGGUGUGAUCGCCGGUAUGGAAUUCGUUGCUUCAGACGCCAGCAAGCAAAGCUGCCCCAAGGGUGUUGUUGCCAACAUGUCUCUCGGUGGCUCCACCUCCACCGCCAUCAACGAUGCCGCUGACGAGAUCGUCAACGCCGGUGUCUUCCUUGCCGUUGCCGCCGGUAAUGAGGCUGCUGACGCUUCCACUUCCUCCCCCGCCUCUGCUAAGAGCGCUUGCACCGUCGGUGCUACGGGCAAGGAUGACACCUUUGCCUACUUCUCCAACUUCGGCUCUCUCGUCGAUGUUCUCGCCCCCGGUGUGGACAUUCUCUCUGUGAAGGCUGGCGGUGGCUCCACCACCAUGUCUGGUACUUCCAUGGCCUCUCCUCACGUUGCCGGUAUUGGUGCCUACUUCCUCGGCACUGGCAAGAGCGCCUCUGGCCUGUGCGAGAGCAUUGCCUCCUCUGCCGUCUCCGGUGCCAUCUCUGAUGUUCCCAGCGGCACUGUCAACAAGCUCAUUAACAACGGCCAGUAA